AUGAACAGCGGUCCCUUGGAAAGUGCAAGGACGACAAAAUUGCUUUUCUGGGAGCCGGACGUCUCCGUCCUCAUCUUCGGCAACGGAAACUUCCAGCGGCUGGCGUUGUUUUGUGCCCAACUCUCUCUGUUCAUGAUGGUUCUUCACGGCCUGGUGCACUUCGUGUUCACUAAAAAUGUGAACCACUGGUGCAAACCGCCCGAAGAGUACGCCCACCUGUCAGUGGUCGAAUGGAAGAAUAUCAGCGUCCCCAAAGACGCCGAUGGCGUCUUGGGCAGCUGCACGCGCUUUGAGCCUCCGUUGUCCAUACCAUCGGAAAACAGGACGGAGGUGCCGUGCAAUGGUUGGGACUAUGACGUCGAGACGCCCGGGACAACGAUCACCACGGAAUACGAUCUGGUCUGCGAGAGAAGAUGGCUGGUCUCCUUGCUGUUGAUGGCGUACCACGCUGGCAGCGUGAUAACUCUGCCUCUGGCGGGGUUCGCGGCCGACAGGCUUGGUCGUCGGCCUGUCCUCAUCAUGUCCAUAAUGCUCCAGAUGGGGUCUUCGCUGGCCAGCUGCUUCUUCCGAAGCCUUGGAAUGUUCGCGAUGCUACGUUGCCAAAUAUCGAUUGCUGUCUCUGCGUUCCAGGUGAUCAUCAUCGUGAUUCUCUUCGAGGUGACCUCACAAUCUCACCGUAUGCUGUUCGUCACGCUGGCCAUCGCCGUCCCGAUCGUGCUCGCACCCAUCACCACCUUUGUUCUCGGCAAGCUGGUGACUCAGUGGGUGCUGAUUCAAGGUCUCCUGAUGCUGCCCACAGCACUCCUCGCCGUUGCACUCUACCCGAUCGCAGAGUCACCGCGCUGGCUCAUGGUCACCUGGAGAUUCAGGGAGGCUGAGCAGGCCAUCCUUUGGGCGUCUGAAAUGAACGGCGUGACCGACUUCUCCGAGGUCCGUGCGGCGUUCUGCCGGAUUAAGGAGAACGUGGUGUCCCAGCAGGGAUUCAGCGCCGCGCCGUCUGUCUUCGACAUCGCUUGCUCUAAGUCCAUACGGACACGCUCUGCCAUCGUCUUCUGUUUCUGGUUCGUCGAGUUCAGCUCCUACUACAUUAUCAUCGCACCGCAAGUACGGUCGAUAAGCCUCACCGUUCAAGCUGUCAUCUGGUUCCUGAGCGUGCCCGUCAUGGUGUUGAAUUACUACGCCAUGAAGAGAUUGGGACGGCGCGGAACGCUCUCACUGAAUUGUCUACUAGUGUCGGUUCUGGCGCUGGCACAGGGAGUACUGAUAUGCCUCGGCAGCCCUCGUGAGAUUGGUAUAGUCAAUGUCGCCGCCAUGUUGACACUAAAUGCCCUGUUCGUGACCAUGUUUGUCUACACGAUCGAGGUCUACCCGACGGCACUACGUUGCAUGGCCCUGUCAGCAGCGUUCAUGUGGGGUAAGAUCGGGCGUAUGACGGCGUCGAUAAUCAACGAUGCUUUCAAGUUUAAUUCCUUAGAAAGCCAAGUUCUACCGAUCGUGCUAUCCGGGACCAGCUUAUUUAUCUUUAGUCUGCUUGUCACAGUACUGCCAGAGACGCUCCCGUUGCCACUUACGGACACCGUCCUGCCGGCCGUUUUCGAGGAAAAGUGGCAGAUCAAGUCACCUCCUCAGCCAAAACCUAAGAGGAGGAAGAAGGCCAAGAAGCCAAAAGUGCCUCCUGCCGAGCUGCCGUGA